AACUGACGUGACGUGGGAGAUUCAAAGUUGGCAGCAACGUCUCUAUCCGUCCAGACUCGACUCCUGUCUUCAUCUGCGGCUUAAGCUUUUAAAAAGCUUAUAAAAGUUUUAUAUCUCAAUGUUUUCAUAUGAGUGAACAGGAUCUUCAUCAUCAGAAUGGAAGGCAGAGUUAUCGGACCGGGUCCAUACAGGGCGACAAAGCUGUGGAAUGAAACCAUUAAACUCUUCCGUGGAGGCAUGCCGCUGAGAAGGCACUGGGCGCACUUCCGCUACUAUGAUUUCAGUUUCACGGGAUCCGAGGCUGUGGAUUAUCUUCAUGAGUUGCUGAAACACAAUGACAACUUUGGGCCGGAGGUGACUCGCUACCAGACUUUGCAGCUGCUGAGAAAGUUUCUCAAGGCCCAUGUUAUUGAAGACAUCAAAGGACGCCAUGGGACAGAGGACUUUGAAGACAAUGGUCACCUGUACAGGUUCCCCACAUUGUCACCCCUGAAGUCUUUUCCAGCAAGGCAACUGUUGAGAGACAGCAGUGACCUGCCAAGACUCAUUCGCUGGGAUGACUACGAAGAAUUACCACAACAGGAAAACAUUGCACCCCUGAAGUCAGCUGUCAUGACUUCAGAUUUGUGGAAUAAAAGGCACAGUGUAGCGAUUGGGGAUGUCAAUGAAUGCAAGCUCAUACGCAGGAAGGACAUUACUCCGAAACAGGUGGACCAUAUCUGGAAAUCAAUGACAAUUGCACAGUUGCAGAGAGUGCUGGGCCUAAAGACAUUGGAUGGAGUGUUAAAUCCAACACAUGUGAAAGGCAGGCACAUUGUUCACAAUGUGUUCAGCGUCAAUAAGACAGGCAUAGUCAUAUUGGAGAACAAAGCUGAGGACAUGCCCUAUUGGGUGGUGUCAGCAAUGAAAUGCCUCGCCAACUGGCCUAAUGGCAAUGAAACCAAACAGCCAGUGUACCCAGGUUUCGAGAGAGAUGUGCUGAGAACAGUAGCAGAUUACUUUCAGCGACUCAAAGAACCUCUGCUGACUUUCCAUCUAUAUGAAGUCUUUGUCAACAUUCUCAGCCUGCUGCAAGAGCCGGAGGUAGCCACUGAGGCUCUUCAAGUCAGCAGUCUCUUACUGCCGCCGCCCAACCGAAGACGCCUCCAGCUUUUACUGCGACUCAUGGCCCGCGUCUGCCAGAAUCCCCAACUGCCUCCACUCAAUGACACCAUCGCCACACGCACACUGAUGGUGCAGAUGUUCUCCCACUGUGUUCUGGGCUCAGUAGAUGAUAUGGACUUGGACGAGCUGCUUGCUACCAAACUGGUGACCUUCAUGAUGGAGCACUACAACACCAUCUUCCAAGUGCCUUCCAAGCUGCAUUGCCAAGUUGAGGAGCACCUGUCCCACCUUCGAAGAGUUCAGAUAAAAUAUGCAGGUUCAGAUACAGACUUCAGCACAUCUCCAGCAUUUUGUAAACAGAUCAGCAGGGUGGAGUCUGAGGAACAGAAGGUAAUAGGCACCCAGACCCCCCUGCAGGAGCUGCUGGAAGGCCUGAUUGCAGACAAAGAGCUACCUGCCAAGGACAAGAGGAAAAGGCUCAAACAGUUCCAAAAGUCUUACCCAGAAAUCUACCACAAUCGAUUCCCCACUGAGGAAAGUAAAGCUGCUGUCAUACCUGAGAAAACUCCAAAACUCAAACCUCAACUCUUCUUGUUCAACAUCAAGAAACCCUUCCAGCCCUUCCAAAGGAGCUGGAGCUUUAGGGCAUGAUCUGCCACCUCUGACACAUCCACACUGUAUACACAUUUAAACCUCAGAGUUAUGAGACAAGGAGGAAUGUGGCUGUACUGUUGCUCUUGGCCACACUUUUGGUUGCUCAUGGUUGACUUCUACAGUUAGUAUUUAGAAAUAAUACAUUUGACUUUGUAGCAAAAGUACUCUUAAAAAAAGAUAAUAGUUUAAAAGGUUAGUCCAUCCAGAUUAUACAGGUGCAGUUACAACCACUGAAACAAUUAAUAAAAUACUGAAAACUGCGAACAAUGGAUAUGGAUGGAUGAACUGACGCUUUUAAAAGGUACAUUUCUAAUUAUUGUGUUGCUAGAAAACUUGAACAAAAUAAAGGAAACGAUGAUCCACUAACAUUAAAAAAAACACUGAUGUUUCUUAAAAUCAACUCUAAUGACUGUUCUAAAAUCGUGUGUAUGUUCAUUUUUCUACGAAGAUAUGUGUAUGUUAAAAAGAUCUCAGUAGAGUUUCCAGUAGCUAAAUUGAAUGAAAUGCAUUUCAAAAAUAUUAACGGGUUAUUUGAUGUUAACAUAGGUAGUGAAAAAGAUUUAUAUUGAUCUACGGUUGUAUUCUGUUACAGAUAUAUAAAGAUGCAUUUCUACAUGGGUUUGAGAGGCACAGUGUUGGUACUAAAUGACCUUCAAACAGAUUAUGUAAUUUCAUGAGCUUGACACUAGUAAUGCUAUGAAAUUUUAUUUUCUUAAACACUUUCUGACAUGAAAUGAUCGUUAUAAUGCUGUACACAUAAAUAUAUUUUUUGUGUUUUUCAGUUAAACAUCAAUGAACAUAUCAGGGGUUCACCUAGAAAGGGUGUGUUUGUGUGAUACAUGUUAUAUAAUUGAGAAGCUCUAGUUGACCUUCAGCUGAUAAUUGUUUUCGUAACUAUAGAAUCCAAAUAAAUGAUUGUACAUCUAAAAGACCCAGAUGAAAAAUGCUGUAAUAUUGUACAGCUAAUUUAAUCUGAUGUGCUCUAAACUGUCACAGCCCUUUCUCUCUAAACCCUCCCUAUACCUUACUUGAUGGGUCCAAUUGUAUGUGCACUCUUGGAACACCUCAUUUCAUGUUUUUACUUGUUGGUUUUAUUGUGUAUAUAAGAACUAUUUACCUAAUUGGUACAUAUUUCAAUGUCUCAUUCUCUUUCACUGUUUUUCAAUGUAUUUUGUCAUUUUCUAUUGCCUGCUGUAGUGUCCUGUCAAUCAGUUGUCUUUCACUUAAUUUGAGACUUAAAUAUUUUUUUAUUUUUAUAAUGAUAUUUUUGUAUGGAUCUUGAAAAAUACUUUCGAACAAAUGUAAUAACUGCUGGAAUAACUGUUACACUUGAAUUGCUGCACUUGGCUUGCUGGAAAAUUUCAACUGGAUAAAAAGUUGAUUAUGAUGUAGAUUAUUCACUAAAACGUUUAAUUGGAAAAUUUAACUUUUUAUCGUCCUCUUUUUUUUUUCUUCUUCUUUUUUUUUUAGGAAUUUGUUGUGAUACAUUAGGUGUCAUUUGAUAUUCUACACAGGAGAACAAAUUUUGUUGUGACCUAAACAUGAAAAUAAACUAAAUGCAUCCUC